AUGAUGAUCACCCGGCUCACGGUGAUUGUAGUCCUCUCCUAUUUAUGGGAGUCCUGCGUGUUUCAGACGACGACACACGUCGGCAAGGACUUUCCCCUGGAGGAGUGCAGCCGUGGCAUGGAUUGCUUUUCAUCAGAGCUGCGGAUACAGACCUUCAUCAGCCGGAAUCAUCUGCCGGUGAACUGUAGCACCCCAGGGGCGAAUGCCGCCGACCCUUUCUUUGACAAGCAGGUAGUCGUCUCCUGCGUGAUGUUUGUCACGCCAUCCCUGACGCAGUGGUCGCUUCCCCGGAGCCUGAGACAGGCGAACACGGAGGGCGAACAAGAUGCUUCGGGAUGGGAGGUAAAGGAAGACUUCGAAGCAGAGAGGAUCUCGUCGAAAGAGGAGGGCUCGGAAAUGGAGGAGGGCUCUAAGGAGGAGGAGGAGACUGUGGACGAGCUGCUAAGCAAGAUGGCGGAGCAGCCCGCAGACGCCGCACUGCAGCUGAAAGGCCUGAAAGCCAUACAGGGGGGCUCCUCGGCAGACCCGCACCUCGCAGCGGCCGCCAUCGUCGCCGCCAUGCAAGCCCACCCGGAAUGUCUGCGCUUGUGCAGAAGCUAUGCGCUGGGUCCGACUCAAUAUAGGUGCCUCGUGAGCUUCGUCAUCUACGUGCCCUUCAACCUCGUGCUGAACGUCACCACCUUCCUCUCUCCAUCGCUGCUUCGGCAGCUAGCCCUGCUGCGUUUGGCAGCGUUUCUGGUAGCCUGGGUGGCCGUGGUGUACCAGGCCCACUUCAGCCCAGACUUCGCGGACGAGAUCGUCACGGCACACAACAUUGCGCUCUGCUCGCUGUCUGCCGUCGGUUUCCUCUUGCAUGUAGUGCUGCUUCGAGAGCAGGUCCAAGCAGGAUGCCAGGCUGCAGGAGCGGCCGAACUCUGGCGAGGGAGAG